UCACUGCGAUCAUCAGCUGUUCCGGACCCUUCGCAUGUUUCUCUCAUCAGGAUUCAGCCCUAGUCUCUACCCGCGAACCCGUAGUCAGCCGCAAAUGGUCGUCGGCGAUGGUUUCUCUCUCGUUUGCGUCGGCGGAGUCACCAACGGCGGUAAAACGUCGCUGACAACUAAAUUGAGGCGUCGCUUUCCGCAUCUGAAGUACAUCAAUCAAGACGACUUCUUUUUGAAGCCCGAUGAUCCAAGACAUGUCUGGGUUGAGAAUUCUGAGUUCCGGAGCCAGAACUGGGAAAUUCCCGAGUCAGUAGACUUCCAGGCGCUGAAGCAGAAGGUGAUUGACCUAACGAGAAGCGGAGAGGAACUCCCGUACCGAUUGAUUGUGCUCGAGGGACACCUACUCUACGCCGACCCGCACGUUGUCAAAUGGAGUGAUCUCAAUUAUUUCUUCACGCUGACCAGAGAACAAUGCUGGGAACGACGCAAAGAGCGCGUAUACGAUCCACCAGAUCCUCCGGGCUACUUCGAUGCAAUCGUUUUCCCAGAAUAUCUCAAACUUAAAGGAUUCGUGGAUCAAAACAUUGCGAAUGUCGAAUAUAUCGACGGUUCUGCUGAUCAGAGCGAAGUAUGUGACAGGGUGGCGAAUAGCAUCAAUCAGCUGUUGAAGCUCGAGUGAGAAUUGGAGACGGAGUUCGAGCCGGAAACUUAGAUCUCUCCCGAGCUAAAACAAGAGUCGAGAAACGCCCUCCCAAAUGUCUCCCCUCUCGUCCGUUCUCGGGCAACGAGGACGUCACAGAUUCUGGUGACCGACGGCAGUCUUCGCGGAUUGCGGGUCGGGCUAGGCUAGACGGUCCUCGGAGUCUCCCAGACUCCAGGGAGUCAUCUAGGUUCAUGUGUACAGUCAAAUAUUUGAUUCCUGAACGCGAAGGAGAAAAUUUCAUGAAUAAAUGUUUCU